AUGACUGACGAUCCUAUCCUGCAUUACCUUCCUCCCGGAUGGACAGAGGAGACAUACCAAAACACCACUGAUGCGGACCGCGCCGCACUUUCAGAAGAGGAACUCCAAAGAAUCAUGGACCGUCGAGCUGCCGAAGCCAAGCUCGUCAGCGCUCAGAAUAUGGCUCGUAUCAACGCAAAGCGUAUCGCACGCGGGGCACCACCAAUUCCAUGGCCUCCGGCUGAGGAACCAACAGCAGCCGAGGAAGCACAGGAAGCAACAACUCAACCAGCAAACUCAUCGUUAGAAAAUCUUAGGGCGCUAGUAUCCCUGGUCCAGGAUCAAGAUUGGGACGACUUUGGCUUUCUGGUUUUUCGAACGCACUACGCUAACGAGGAACUCUGGGAGCGCUUCCUGGAACAAUACGACGAUGUCCUCGACGAAGGACUCGAUGCCGCACCAGCUGAGUCUGGGAUUGAAGGCAUCCGUGACCGCGUCUUUCUCAAGUUCGUCUCAGAUGAGACACUUGCAAACGAAUCUCCGUCACGUGUGGCGUAUGCUUAUCGCCUCUGUGCGGAGGAGAUGGACGACGACGAGGAUGAGGACCGCCUGCAACCUGGUCUGCACACGCGUAUGUGCCUCAUGGUUGACGACGAAUGCAUGCGCUCCGUGACAGAUAGGAAACCGGAUUGUCCCUCAUUCAUGAAGGCGGUUGACGUCACCCUGGGGGAGCAGAGAUUGGGCUAUUCGGGCGUCUUUAAAGUGGCCAUCUCCUCGCUGAUCACUCAAUUCUACCCCGCGCUAUUAAAUUGUCGUGAAACCGUGGAUUUAGUGCCAGAGGGAGAUGGGGUUUGGGGAGUGUAA